AUGCUCGAGCCGGACACCGCGACCUACGUAUGCGUGCUCGCGGCAUAUGCCCAGAGAGGGCAUCUGGAAGAUGCGCAGAGUAUAUUCGACAGGAUGCCCGAGAAGAACCUCCUGGCCUGGACGGCGAUGCUAGUCGCGCACGCCCAGCGCGGGAGACUGGAAGAUGCGCGGAGGAUAUUCCACGGUAUGGUGGAGCGGGAUCUUGUGGCGUGGACUGCCCUGGUUGGGGCCCUUGCCCAACAGGGGCAUGUGGAGGAAGCCAAGGAGGUGUUUGAUAAGAUGCCCCACUUGGACCUCGUCUCGUGGAACGCAAUGAUCGCGGGGUACGCGCAAAAUGGACGCGUGGCAGCCGCGAGGUCGUUGUUUGCAAAAACUCCCCAUUUAGGGCUCCCCGUGUGGAACGGGAUUAUCUCGGCUUGUGCCCAAAACGGGGAUGGGCGUGCAGCACUGGGGCUCUUCCGGGCGAUGGCGUGGGAGGGAUUCGAACCCAAUACCGUCACAUUCGUGAGCGUCCUCCUUGCGUGUGGUCGUAUAGGAUCUGUAGAGAAUACCGUCGGCUACUUUGUCUCGCUCGUUGGGGAUUUUGGCGUGGCGGCGAUGCUUGAUCACUAUAUGUGCGUGGUAGAUCAAUUGGCGCGCACUGGGCAGCUGGAUCACGCCCAGGAUCUGAUCGAGAGCAUGCCCUUUGAGCCCGAUUCGGUGGCCUGGACGAUUCUGCUGGGCGCUUGCAAUGUCCAGGCGGAUGUGGAGCAGGGAUCGCUAGCCGCGCGGCUCGCGUCGUCGCUCGAUCCCGAGAACUCAGUGCCGUAUUUGCUGCUGUCGAAUGCCUGGAUCUCUGGGUCUCCAAUUUGA